AUGGGAUAAGGUAACAAAAUUGAAGAAUCACUUAUUGAUCCUUAAAACGAAAAUGAAUAACCAUAAAAGAGCCAAAGAAUGAUUUUCGAUGGAUUAACUCCAAAGGUUUAUUGGGGUUACUCUGUAGGUCAUGUUUUUAACGAUCUUUGCGCAUCAGCUUGGUUCAACUUCCUGCUCUUUUACUUUUCAAAAGUAUUGAAAUUUGAAAAUAGUUCAUACUCAAUGUUAUUUGGACAGAUCUUCGAUGCAUUAGGUACUCCUUCUGCUGGUAUUCUGUCAGAUAAAUACAAUACACGUAUUGGAAAGCGUAUUCCAUGGUAUAUUUUAUCAUAUAUUUUUGUGCUGCUCACAUUCGUUCCUAUGUGGUGCUACCCAAUUUUAAACACCUUUUUGCCUAUGGAUAAUGAUAACUUUAGAAAUUUUUUCUAUAUAUUCUUCCCCUCUAUAUUUAAUUUUACAUGGGCUUUUGGUUAUAUUGCUCAUAUUUCACUUGUUCCUUCAAUGACUUGUUCUAGAGUUAAUAGAGAUACUCUCAAUGCUCGCAGAAAUACUUUUACUUUUAUUGCAUAAAUGCUUUUACUCUUAAUUGCUUUACUUUUGUUCUAAAUAAUUGACACUAGUGAAUAGCAAUUUUAAGCUUUAGGCCUUAUCGUUGCAGUUAUUGGCUCUGUUUGCACAGUUAUCUUUUUAUUAACAGUAAAAGAAGUCCCUCUUACCAAGGCCUGUGAUGAAGCUGUUAAAAAUAUUAAACAUGUUUUGAAGCUUAGAGAAGGAGAUAAGAGGUAGUCUCUACUUUUAGAAGAUGGUGGUAAAACCAAGUAAGAAAAAAUCAAUUAAGCUUCAUCUCAUCAUGAAAGCGAAUAAAGUGUCGUAUUGAAUUCAAAGACAAAAGAAGUCAUAGAAAAUUAAAUUAAAGGAAGCUAAGAAAAUAAAAUGAAAAGUGAAGAAGAAAAUGAUUAAAUUGAUACAAGUUAAGUAGAAGAGGCAGAAGUUUUCGAUAAGUAUGGUAAUAAAAUAGAUGAUGUUAUCUUUAACAAAGAUCAAUAAGAAGGAUAUAAUAAAUUUGAAGACGACGAAGAAGAUGAAAAUUAAUAAAAUAAUGGCCAAGUAAAAGUUAAAGCAUCUGUUCUCAGAGGAAGCAGAGUAGGUUCUUUGUCUGAAAGCAUCGUUAAUUGGAAGCAAUGGUUCAAGGAAAAGCAAUUCUAUUAAUACGGAUUAGUCUUUAUGUUAGCUCGUUUGUUCUGCAAUGUUGUAACUACAAUGAUGAACUUUUAUUUGUAUUAUGUUAUUUAAAUUAAUGGAGAGGUAUAAGAAGAUGAUGAAGUUAAAAUGACAUUUUCUUUGGCCUUGGUUCCUCUUUUGUUGUACAUUUCUUCAGUCGGUGCUUCUUCUAUUCUUAAUUUGCUAUAUCAAAAAAUUGGAAGAAAGAAAACUUACACUUUAGGAGUUGUAUUGAUGCUUGCUUCUUUGAUUCCUAUGGGCUUCUUGCAAGCUGAUAAUUCUUUCUUAAAGAACUUAAUUUAUCCUUUAGCCUUAGUUGUUGGUGCAGCACAAGCCCUUCAAUUAAAUACUGCUAUUAAUUUAAUUAGUGAAGUCAUUGGUCUUAGAGGUGCUGGAGGUGCUUUUGUGUUUGGUGCUUACAGUUUCCUAGAUAAGCUUAUGACAGGUAUUGUUUUAUUUGCUAUUACUGAAAGUAGUUAUUAUAAGAAUAACAAUCCUACUUUUAUCCGUCUUGUUACAGUUGUUAUUCCUUGUGCAUCUGGCUUGUUAGCUUGGAUUCUUAUCCUUUUCGGUUAAGCUAAAGACUAUGAUCCAAAAAACAAAAAUGCUAGAAUUUCAAGAAUGAGUCUUGGUGAUGAAUUCGUUUAAUGA